UUAAUUGAUUGAUGGGGCCCUCUGGGGUGAAUCGUUGGAAGGGGCUUUGGGGGGAGUCUAGACUUGAGGGGUUGGCAGUUCUGGGGGCCAGGCAGCCGGAAUUGGGAGUGAGGGAGCCCCUGAGGCUGCUGUCUGGAGUGACGGGAGAGCGGUGGGGGGAGUGUGUCGUUGGGGGUACAGGUUGAGAGUUGGUAGGAAUAAUCAGGACUUUGGUGAUCAAUGAUGUGGAUGCUUUUGGCUCGGCGAUUGAGGCCAGUGAGAAAGAAUGAACAUUUUGGGGGUGUUUAGAGGCCUCAGAAUUGUCGGACUGAGGGUUUUGUUACCUAGAAGGCCUGUUGGUUGUGAUAGCGUUGGAUUUCACCUGAGCGCUGUGCUCCUGGGAAGCAGCCUGCUGCAAAGAAUCCCCUUCCCGAUGUGAGUAGAUAAGACUCACGCCUGGACCCUGGCUGGCCUGUGACAAGGGCAGACCCCAACCCUCUGAAUUCUCAUUGUCUCUUCAGUGAUUAGCUGAAAUGUUCCUCCCCACUGAUCAGUCGGAACAAAAUGCUUGUUAAGUAGAUUUUGGUCAAGCUUCUCUCCUUCCCCAGUUCCCUGAGGUUUGGUCUACCCACCGCUUGAGUGGCAUCAGCCCUUCCUGGGAAUGUGCGGGCAGAAUGUUCUCCGGUUUACUGUCUGGUCCCCACCCUUUCAUGGGCUGCCCCACACCUGGUUCUUCUGACCUUGGUUACCCCCUUCUGUAGAAGAAACAAAAAAACUCUUUGUCUUGCAAAGAUGCUUAGCACCUCCUCGGGCCACAGUGUUCUCCCCAUUGCAGCACAGGCACACCCUGCAAUAAUAACCCUUUGGAAUAAAAUAUUUCCUUACUAAGACUGCACUUGUUUUCGGGGUGGGGGGGGCGGUUUGCUGAGGAGGAUUCACCUUGAACUAACAUCUGUUGCCAAUCAUUCUCUGGUUGUAUGUGAGCCACCACGACAGCAAGGCCACUGAUAAACGAGUGGUGUAGGUCCACUCCCAGGAGUGGAACCCAGCCGCCGAAGUGGAGUGCACCAAACUUAACCACUAGGGCAUCAGGGCUGGCCCUGCAUUCGUUUUCUAUUUGACAGUCCAAUGGUAGCUUUUUCGCUGGAGGGGAAUGACUGGGGUGACCAUGGCUGGUGAGUGGUUUAGGCCUGUGUUGGGGUUCUUGUAACUGAGGCAUCGGGGAUUGGGGCACUGUAUGUCAGUAACAAGGGGUCAGGAUACAAAUUGAUGGGUGGCCUGUUGGGGGUUGUGAGUAGGUGGACACUGGGGGUAGUAAUUGGAGUCAUUGGAGGGGUUGAGGGUGUCAGAGUUUGUGCAGAGCUGGAGGCCCUGUGUGGUGGUCAGUGAAUGGUGGGUCAGCACUGGGUGGGAUGUCAUGGAGGUGAAUGGUGGGGGGCCCUGUGUGAUAAAGGAUUGGGGAUCCCUUGAGGUUAGUGAUGGGGGUUAAUUGAGGGGGCUGGUGAUGAUGGGAGAUAGCAAGCCUGAGGGGGCUCUGGGAACAGUGAUUAGGGCACCUGUUAAGAUGAGUGAAUGGGUGCCUGUAGGAGGGAGUGAUCAGAGAGGUCUGUGGAGGCCCUUUGGGAUUCAGUGUUUGGAGCUUCACACGUUUGGUUUCUAGUCAAUGAAUAGACGCUGUGGAGAUUAACAAAUGGGGGUUUGGUGGAACCAGUGAUGAGGUUUCUUGGUGUCAGAGUUUAGGAACCCGUGGGAAUCAGUGAUUAGUGAUAAUCAAUCAAGGGGCCUGUAGGGAUGACUGUGGCUCGUGCAUGGGACUGAGUGAGGGAGAGCAUCGUGUGACCGUAAAUAAAGGGUCCUGUGGGUGAUCAGGGCAGGACUGUGGAGAGACUUUGGGUUUCGUUGACUCGUGUGCUCCUGUAGAUUGGUUUUGUCACUUGGGGGCUGCCUCUUGGAGGCUUUGCUAGAGGAAUUAUUGGGGAUCCACAGCAUGUGCGAUUGAAGGUCCUGGAGGGAUGGCCUGUGAAAUCAAUAAUCAGGGUUCUGGGAAGGUGAUAGGCAUGUAGGGUAAGUGAUAAUGGGGUUUGUGGGGCUCGGUGGUUUGUUGUCUGGAGUUUGUGCAGGGCUUGUUGUGUUCAGUGAUCUAGGGGCUAGAGACUUCUCAGGUGGUCAUUGUGGGUGACUGGGGGCUUUGAGGGUCCUGAGGGUUGGUGCAUGGGCUGGGAUGGUAUAUGGAUUGGCACAGUGUGGUUUGGUCAUUUCAAGGUCCGUGGGGGUUUGUGUGUGCUGAGGCCGUCUUUGGGACCUCUGUUGGUGAUUGCGGGACCUAUGAGGGUGGUGUUUGCAGGUUUGGGUGGCUGUGAGUGAGUGUUGGUCGUGUGUUAGCUCAGGCAGGACUCUCAAGUAGUGACUUCUGUGACACAGCCACGUUCUUCGGCCACUCUCACCCAGCACGUGCUUUGUUGGUCAGUGAUGGCUCCUUGUACUUGAAUCUUUCCUUGUUUAGGAGUUCUCAGCAGCCCCAUUGGCUGUAAGGUCCUCCGCCUGGCUUGUUGAACCUCAUCGCCUGUCUCUCCCUGCACCACCUCCAGCUCCAGCCGGUUGUGGCUGAGGCUCCUUGGCAGGCGUGGUCUUCCUGCAGUUCCACAGCGGGCUCCUUCUCCUCUUCACCUCAGCUAAAAGUUGUCUCCAAGAGGGCGCCUCUGGCUGUGCCGAAGGAGCAUCUUUCAUUCACCCCUUCCUCUGUCACAUUUAAAACUUAUUCUGAGCGUUCUCACAGUCUGAAGUUAUUUUAUUUACUUGUUUACCUGUUUGCCAUCCUAGAAGGUGUUUCCUGGAGGGCACAGACCCGUGUGCCCAGAACAGGGCCUGUAGUAGUGCUUUCAGCAAAUUGCUGCUUUCCGGCCAGUAAAUGAGAGUGAGAGAGUGUGUGUGUGUAUGUGUGAACGUAUGUGUGUGUAUGUGUGAGUAUUUAUGUGUGUAUGUAUGUGUGUGUUUUGUUUGGGAAAAGUUAUGCUCAGAAACUGAAACUCUUUGCCAAUAGUUUAUCUAACACAGGUUCCCUCUGGGAUUUAUAAUAGUUUCACAAGCCAAUAGCAUAGAGGAUAACGUCUCUCAAUAAGCCAAUAAAGAAACAACAUAGACCAAACCAGCGAUAGGUUAGUCACGCUGUUGUUCCAGGCAAGGGGAGAUGAAAAAUAAAGUCCAAGUGUAGUUCGAGUAUGCCUUUUUUUUUUUAUACGAUUAGGCCCUUGGGAGAGUUGACUUGACCAACGGAGAACUGACAUCCAGCUGCCAGCACAAAACGAAAAUGAAAAGUCCUUGUUUUUAGGGAACAACAGCGCCAGUGUUGGUGGGCAGGCCAGUCUUCAUGGGGACCCUGAGAGGUUUGUCACCACUACCAGCAGGGGGAUCGCCCGCCCCUACCAUGGCGGGAGCUAAUGCCCCAAGGUCUUCGGAGAGUUGAUUUAGGUCAGCAAGGAGAGCCUUGCCCAGACCAAAACUCCUGAAUAAUCCUAACUCUCAGUAUUCAUAGUCUAAAUGUACGUUUGUCCUAUUGCUUCUCCACAUGUUCUUACUCAUCACCCCCAGGGGGACCCCUCAGCAACUGGGCUGCUGAGUUCUUAUUACAGACAACAGAUGAGGUGAUGACAUCCUGACACAACUUACUUCGUUCUUAUAUCGAAACAACUUUUUUUUGUCUUUGUCAUAAACGAAUGGAUUAAAACAAAUCAUAAACGAGUGGAUUUGAAAUCAUAUUAAACCAAUGCACAGCAGUGUAAGGGCAUGGAUGUAUACGUGCGUCUGUGUGUGAGAGACUUGAUGUCAACGUGAGAGCAGAGUGCGGGAGUAUGUCAGAAUCCUGAAGGUGACUGUUGUGGAUGUUAGGACAAUCAGCAUGUUGCCUUUUCCAGGGGGACAGCUAGAGAAGCUCUGUGCAUCAACCCAGAAGGGGUCCAAACUAAAUAGAAGCUUCCAGGGCAGGUGGGCCUUGUCUCAGGGACCCCAGGUCUGGAGAGCCAUAACCGUGGGCUCUCUUUCACUCAGAGCCCUCUCAGGGCUUCCUGGACUCUGAGACCCCCUUCCAUGCCCUGGAGCCUGGAGCAGCUCCCCGGGCAUUUCGGAAAGAGGUGCUUUUCCUUUGGAUGUUGUUCUCUACUCUCUCAGGACAUUUUUUCCUGAGAGAUCUGUCCUGAAGCCCUGCACUCCGUAGGGGAACAGAAUUUGUCACCCCAAAGUAUGUCUCUUUGGCAUAAGGAUUCUUUUAGCUGGUUAUCUUAAGAAACAGCAGACAUGGUAGGAGCUCUGAAAACUGAGAAGUUACCCUUUUGUAAGAGAUAUUUACAUUUAUAAGGGAAGUCUCCACAUGGAAGGAUGUCUCCCUCACUGUACCGGGAAGAGGGGGACAACUCAGUCUCUAGAAACUUGUCAACAGAGAAGGCAGAGACUUAAGUCUGCAUUACAACCGUACCAUUGUUUACUGAACAACCUCCCAUAACUGACUCCUCCCACCCCCAACAUCUUUUGUCUUUAGCUGAAGAUGAUAUUUAAGGUGGUGGUUUGGGCCAUUUAGAGGAGUUACUCAGUUUUCUUGGAUCUCUCCCAUGUAUGUGGGAGGUAUACGUGUUAUUAAACUUCUGUCAGUUUUUCUCCUGUUAUUCUGUCUCAUGUCAAUUUCCUUCCUUAGACCAGUCAGAAGAACCUAGAAGGGUAGAGGAGAAAUUUUGCCUCCCCAGGAACUCUUCACAUUGGACUAGAAAGUGUCCACUUUCACUCGGGGAAUCCGACCUUUUAUGUCUGCACCCCUGAGUAGCAGAACCACGUCACUCUUCUCGCUUCCCACUCCUAGGAACCCUUCCUGCCCUGGACGCCCUUGCUCUGCCCUCUACCACUACUUUGGGUCAAAACUCAAAGCCCAGCCUAUUUUUCAGACUGACUGUGGUUCUUGACUGCCCCACAAGACCCUCACUUUGGGACUAGUCUCCCCUUGAUUCUCUUUUUGACAGAGAGGGAGACGUUUAAGGCCCUCAAGGGGAUGAUGACAGGAGGUGGUCCAUAUGGCCAGGUCAACGCUAAGCAGCGUUCAGGUGUUUCCUUCCUGCCUCCUGCUCACCCUCUGCACAAUGCGCAGGCUUUGCUGACUAUGCAGUGCAGGGCUCCUGAGCGGGUGGCGAUCAGAGCAGGCUUGUCUAGUCUGUGUCCAGACUAGACCCAACUCGGGGUGGGUAGUAACUGCCUUGAAGGAGCUGCUAUUUUGGCUGCACUCUUGUUAGCUGCCCUGGGACAAAACCUGGCAGUUGGGUGACACCCUGGCAUAACUUUCUCCCCUCAUUUGCAGCAGAUGAGUGGACACUUCUGUCCAUCUUUCUCUGUGUCCAUCGACAUUGAAGGUGCCUUUCCCGUUGUUUGGUAGAACAGAGCCUCCAAACAGCGCAUUCUUGCUCUCAGUCUUCUGCAGGUACCACGUUCUCUCCUUGCUCACUGUUUUCUGGAGCGGUAUCCACUGACCUGUCCACCACACUCUGUCUUCCUCGUGGCCUGUCAGUACGUGGAAACUGAGUCGGGAGCACCAGGAGCUUAGGAGGUGCUCAGCAACCGUUCCUGGACCACAGACAUUUCUUUUCAGGUGCAUUCUUAUGAAGCAACUAACACCCCUGUGCGACCCUGUGCCCGUGGAGUCCUUGGCUCUGAUCUCAUAUCCGGCUGAAUUUUACAGACCUUCGGCCAGAGGCCUUUCUCCGGAGCGUCAGGACACAGCGAAGUCACAGAACAGAGCAGAUUUCCCAGGAGCAGCAGAACAUGAUCGAGUCACAGAUAUCGUUUGAGGACGUGGCUGUGGACUUCACCUUGGAGGAGUGGCAGCUACUAAACCCUACUCAGAAGAACUUGUACAGAGACGUGAUGUUGGAGAACUAUAGCAAUCUAGCUUUCUUGGGUUAUCAAAUUAUCAAACCUGAUGCCGUUUUCCAGCUGGAGCAAGAAGAGCCGUGGAUAACAGAUGAAGAGAUCCUAAACCAGAGCUGUCCAGAAGAAGUCUGGCUAGAUGAUAAUCUCAAAAUGUGGCACCAGGAUAAUCAAGACAAAGGUAUGGAGAGAGGCCAUGAAUAUGAUGUUUUUGGGAAAAUAUUUCAUUCCAGCAUUAACUUUGUUCAUUUAGGAAUGAGGCCUCAUAAAUGUGACACAGGUGAAAAAAGUUUGAAACGUCCUUUUGAUUUUCUUAUUCCAAAAAAUAACUGUGGAAGAAAGAAACUUGAUGAGCUCAAUAAGAAAUCGUUAGUCUAUAUCAAACCUGAUAGACCCCACAGUGGAAUAAAAUACCGUGGUUACAGUAAAUGUAGAAAAGCCAGCAGGAAGGAGUCGUGGCUCAUUACAAGCCAGAUAACGCAGUCAGGAGUCUGUCUAUGCAUGGAAUGUGGCAAAACUUUUAGCAAGAAGUCACAGCUCAUUGUGCAUCAGAGAACUCACACGGGGGAGAAGCCCUACGGCUGCGGCCAGUGCGGGAAGGCCUUCUCCCAGAAGUCAUUGCUCACUAUUCACCAAAGGACUCAUUCAGGAGAAAAACCGUAUGGGUGUGGUGAGUGUCAAAAAGCUUUCAGUAGGAAGUCACUGCUCGUUUUACAUCAGAGGACUCACACGGGAGAGAAGCCCUACAGCUGCCGCGAAUGUGGGAAGGCCUUCAGCAGGAAGUCCCAGCUUAAAAGACAUCAGAGAACUCACACAGUAGAGAAGCCCUACGGCUGCAGUGACUGUGGGAAAGCCUUCUCUCAGAAGCUAAAGCUCAUCUCCCAUCAGAGAAUGCACACAGGAGAGAAACCCUAUAAGUGUGGUGAUUGUGGGAAAGCCUUCUUUUGGAAGUCGCAGCUUAUUACUCAUCAGAGGACUCACACGGGGAAGAAACCCUAUGCAUGUAGUGAGUGUGAAAAAGCCUUCAGCAGGAACUCGCUCCUCAUUAGGCAUCAGAGGAUCCACACAGGAGAGAAGCCCUAUGAGUGCAGGGAGUGUGGAGAAGCCUUCAUCAGAAAACCACAGCUCGUUAAACACCAAAUAACUCACACAGGAGAGAGGAACCAUCACUGCGGCGAUUGCGACGAGGCCUUCUUCAAGAAGUCGGAGCUGAUCAGACAUCAGAAAACCCAUCUGGGAGAGAAACCCUAUGGAUGUGUUGAGUGUGGGAAAACUUUCUUUGGGAAGUCACAGCUCCUAACACAUCAAAGAACUCACACUGGAGAGAAGCCUUAUGAAUGCAGUGAGUGUGGGAAGGCCUUCACGCAGCGGUCAAGCCUGAUGUCCCAUCAGAGGACACACACAGGGGAGAAGCCCUAUGAGUGCAGUGAGUGUGGGAAAGCCUUCAGCGAGAAGUCAAGCCUCAUCCACCAUCAGAGAACCCACACUGGAGAAAAACCCUUUGAGUGUGGUGAAUGUAGGAAAGCUUUUGCCUGGAAGCCACAACUUCUGAGGCAUCAGAGAAUUCAUACAGGGGAGAAGCCCUAUGAAUGCAGUGAAUGCGGGAAAGCAUUUGUUCAGAAAGUGCAGCUCAUUAAGCAUCAGAGAAAUCAUACAGGAGAGAAAACCUAUGGAUGCAGUGAUUGUGCCAAAGCUUUCUUUGAGAAGGCACAGCUCAUUAUACAUCAGAGGAUUCAUACAGGAGAGAGACCCUAUGAAUGUGGUGAGUGUGGGAAGUCUUUCACUAGGAAGUCCCACCUCAUGCGGCAUCAGAGAAUUCACACAGGAGAUAAAUACUAUGGGUGCACUGAGUGUGGGACUACCUUCAGCAGGAAGUCACAGCUCAUGACACAUCAGAGGACUCAUGUCCUGGAGAAGCCACGUGAGUCCAGCGAGCAUGGGAAGCCUACUGGCAGCUGUCGCGCCUCCCGGCCCUUCUGAGGACACAUGCAGGAGAGAAACCCUGUCACUGCGCUGACUGUUGACAAAACUGUCAUUGCAAAGGUAAGUCUCACUAAACAGAAUUCAGGAAGGAAAGAGCUUUUAGAACAGUAGACCAUAUAGGAAAGCCUUCUCCCAGAAGACGCCAUUUAUUACACACAGAUGGCCCCACACUGUGGAAGUCUUAUCAAUAUUGUGAUAGCACAGAACCUUUUAGUCAGAAGUGACAGCUCAUUAAACAUUUAGAAGACCUAAACAGGAGGAAAACUCUGUUGUUAUAAAAAGUGAGUGAAAGAUUUCAUAGAGGAAGGAUGACGACAGUGCACUCAAGAGCACGUGUGCGGAGAAAACACUAAAUGCUGUAUAUUGGAGAUUUCACACUGAGGAGUAGGCCCAGUAACUUCAAGAAUUUCAUAAGCAUGAUCCUAUUGAAAUAAGUCUAUAAAGAAGUUGUGUUUACUGUAUAUAAAUUAUUGUAAAGGUUUUUAAAUGGUAGAUGUGUUUGAAGUGUGAAGACUUCUGCUUUCUACUGUGGUGGGUAACUCUCCUACCUUAAUCGACUAGAAACUGUACAAUUUAUGAAAUAAUGGUUUUUAGACAGAUAACAAGCACAGGUUUUACUCCCUGGCAGAAGGUGGACAGGUUGAGGUGGGACCUACGAUUGCCCACCUGCUGCCUGGAGCCGUUCCCAGGCUGCACUGCAGGGAAGAGAACAACCGUGAUCUGCUGCAUUGAAUAGACUUGCUGCAUUGGCAUUUGGGGAGGCCACAGUAGCUAGAAUCUGCAGGGAAGUACUGGAGAGGAGGGAGUUUCCAAGAGAGAGGGCUGCAGAAAUCUGCAAGGAGUCCUCUUGAGUCUCUCAGCUUAGUACUGAUUUGGAUGUGUGUGAAGGAAACUUCCUGAGACCAGGAGAAGUAGUGCUGGGGAGCAGCAGGCCCAAAGUUCCUGGAACUCGGAGCAGGCUGGGGACAGUUCAUGUUCCCACCAGCCAGAGUGGAAACAGCUUAGCACGUGGGGCAUCAGGUAGAAUUCCCGGAAGAGUAUAUUGCCAGUGAGGGUAAUUAACUCUGGAUUAAAAGCUACUUUGGACCCACUGUGUCUGACAUCCAAAAACUUACCUGGCAUGCAAAGAAGCAGGAAAAUAUGACUUGUAACCAGGAGAAAAAUCCAUCAAUAGAAAGAGGCCUAGAUGAGAUUGAAGUGGUUGGAAUUAGUGGACAAGGAUGUUCACAUAGCUAUUAUAAAUAGAAAGUAGAGGAAAACAUGAAUUUGAUGAAACCUGACUGGAAGGUAUAUUUUAAAAAGCCCGAAUGGAACUUCACACAAUGAAAAACACAAUCUCCGAAAAUUAGGAAAAAAAAAACCCUGCUAGAUAGAAUUAACAGGUUAGACAUAGAAGAAGAAAAAAUGUCAUUGAACUUGAAGAGUAGGAAUAAAAACUACGCAAGUGAUGUACACAGAGAAAAAAAGACUGGGGAAAAAAAGAGCCAGGAGAAUACAGUGGUGUCAUCCACGUAUAACUGGAGUUCCAGAAGGAGAGGAGAGAGACAAAGGGCAGAAGAAAGAAUUUGAAUAAAUAAUGGCUGAAAAUUUUCCACAUAUGCUGAAAAGUAUAACUCUACAUAUUCAAGAAGCUCAGAACCCAAAACAGAAAAAAUAUAAAGAAAAUCAUGCCGGUGGACAUCAUAGUCAAAUCGAUGAAAACCACGAAUAAAGCACCUAGAGAAGAGAACAGACUCAGCACAAGGAUGGCGGGAGGCCUCUGGCCGGGACCGUGCAGCCUGGAAGCCAGCCAAGCCACGCCUCUAAAUUCCUGAAAGAAAAACAGGACCCCUGCAACCCAGAGUUCCAUUACUCAUCAAAAACACCUUUCAAAAAUGAAAGCCAAAAAGACUUUCUCAGAAAAAUAAAAUCAAGGAUAAUUUAUCACCUGUAGACCUCCCUUCAGGAAACAUUAAAGGAAGUUUUUGGGCAGCAGGAAAAUAAUACUAAGUGGAAUUUGGAUCUAAAUGAGGAAAUGAGGAGUUCUGAAAAUGGCGAGUACGUGGGUAAAUAGAAAAGGUUUUUUCCUCAUUUUAGAAUCUUUCAAAAAAGCGAUUGACUCCUUCAAGCCUAGGGAUGAGAAUGUAUUUUGGUUAUGAUCUGUUUAGAAGUAGGGCGUUUGCCAUCAGUAGCGCUUAAGCAUUAAUCUUGAAAAAGAGCUGGCUAGACUGCAUCAUCUGAGUCAGAACCUGUGUCCUCGGGGCUCCGGAUGACUUGUCCUUGUAGCAGCUGCACAAUUGGAUUGUACGUAUCGUGGAUCUGUGUAUGUGCUGACCGUCCUCUGCUUCUCCAGGCCCAAUUCCCCCCGUCUCUGCUCCUCGAGGCUGUCCUCCGGGACAGCGUCUUGAGGGUCCUGCGUGGGCUUGAAUGUGGGGGGGCUGGGACGAGAGGUGCGUGGCCGGUGGAGAGGUUAGCAUGUUGAUCACCUCUCCCUUCCUCCUCCGGGCCAUGGUGUUGGCAACAUCUUGCUCUUGUGUGACUGCAGCUUCCACUGGGCCGCCCUCUUCCAUGGCCCUCAAUCCCUCGGCUUUCAGUAACGAAAUUCUGUCUCCCUGCUCUUCAUAGUUAAGGGCGGUAACUGCUGUGGGUGCCUCACCAUCCCUGGUUGGUUUCCUUAAUUCUGAACACAUGUCUUUAAAUAGUCCCUUUAUUAAAUGUUCUUGAGUUAAUAUUUUGAGUUUACCAUUUGUCUUCUGUGCCAUGUAUUUAAAUGAUGAGCGUUUAACAAAAUUUUGAGCAUCAGUUACUGGUACGUGUGCCUCAUAGGGCAUAGAUUGACAUCUGUCAAGAUUUCCCACAGUAUAUUAAUAUUUUCUCUUUGUAUUUUAACAAUUCAGUAGAAAGUAUAACAAAGUUCUUUGUGUUUUUUGUUUCGUUUUGCUGCAUGUGUACAUGGCUCUGGAGAUUGUUACCAUCUGCUCCAUAUGCAGGUGGUCUUGUGGUUAUUACUAAACCCGUCUUCAGUAAUAGAAACUGAAAUAUUUAUGGAGUCUUAUGCUACCUCUGGGUUAGCCAAACAACUGACAAGAAAGCAUUGUUAUUUAUGUUAAAUAUGUACAGACAAGAAAAAAGAUAACCAGUUACUGAGUGAAGAAAAGAAUAAUGUAUCAUAUCUUCCAGUACUCUCAUUUUAAAAAUUGUGCUGUGCAAUUAAAAUAUCCUCAUUCCA